AGACAAUUGAGGAGUUCGAAUCAUGUUGGGAAUCCCUACUUGAGAAACACAAUCUUGGAGAUAAUGAAUGGCUUCAGUCAAUGUAUAAUUCUCGACAGCAAUGGGUGCCGGUUUAUCUACGGGAUACAUUCUUCGGGGAGAUGUCUAUAACACAAUCAAGUGACAGUAUAAACUCAUUCUUUGAUGGAUAUAUGAAUGCCUCAACUAAUAUUCACAUCCUUAUGAAGCAGUAUGAGAAAGCCAUAGCCAGUCGGCAUGAAAAGGAAGUAAAGGCAGAUUAUGACACAAUAAAUGCUGCACCAGUUUUAAAAACACCAUCUCCUAUGGAAAAACAAGCUGCUAACAUUUACACCAGGACCAUAUUCCUGAAAUUUCAAGAGGAAUUAGUUGAGACUCUUGCUAACCCUGCAAAUGUAAUUGAUGAUACAGGAUUGGAAGUUAUGUACCAGGUGGCAAAGUUUGGGGAAGACAACAAGGUGCAGCUUAUUAGAUUUAAUGUUUUUGAAAAGAAAGCUAGUUGUAGUUGCCAAAUGUUCGAGUUUUCGGGUAUUCUGUGUAGGCACAUAUUGGCAGUUUUCAAAGUAACAAAUGUUCUUAUGUUGCCAUCUCAUUAUAUCUUGAAACGGUGGACAAGAAAUGCUAAAAGUGGGGUUUUACUGGAUGAGCAAAAUAUUGGAUUGCCUAGUAAUUAUCAAGAGUCCUUUACUGCACGCCAUGACAAACUCCGACGGGAAGCCAUCAAAUACAUAGAAGAAGGGGCAGAUACAACACAUGUUUAUAAUGUGGCAAUGAAUGCUCUCCGCGAGGCUGCAAAAAAGGUAGCUGCUGCAAUGCAGGAUGUUCCAGGUGUCAUGUGGAGCACUCUGACAAACAGAAGUGAUCAGGAAGGGAACAAAAGUGAAACCCAAACUGGCCGGCCUCAGCCUUCCUCCACGGAGACACAACUUCAAUGGAAAAGAAAGAGAAUUCCAAUAGAGCCAGCAAAGCUUGUGUGAUUUUUCAUUACUUAAUGGAGCAUUUAUGUUAAAGCUUGUGUAAUGUUAUUAGAGUUUUUUCAUUACUGUAAAG